CUAGUAACAGCUAUCAUUUGACCAAAAAAGAGCUGCUUGGUUUAUGGGUGGCAGUUCCAAGCUAACGGACAGCAUCCUGUUUGGAAGACUACCACUCUGAACAAGUUCUGGAGUCAGACCAGCAUAGUAAAAACCCUGAGCUCCUCCUGUUCCUGAGAACAUUGCCGCUUUGGAUGGUGCUUCCUCUGCCACAGUUGGCACCUGCCAGGCUGCUCGGUUCCUCAUGUUCCUUGGAGAAGACGCUGCAGUGUAGCUGUUCCUUCCAUGGGAUCCCUACACCCUCCAUGCAGUGGUGGAUGGGAGAUGUUCCUGUGGAUGUGAACAGCAUGGAUGACCACCUCCAGGUGACUUCUACUGUGCUUGGCCCCUGGGCCAACAGCACCAUCAGCCUGACCAAGGAGCCAGAAACUGGAACAAACCUUCUUUGUGAGGGGAAGAACAAAAAUGGAACCCACGCUUUGAGCAUCCUGCUAAUGUCAGAAAAGAGUUCUUUGGCUCCCCAAACAUUCAUGAAAGGGCUGCUGCAGGGUGUUAUGUAUGGAGUCAUUGCAACCACACUGCUCUUCUUCUGCCUCAUCCCUUUCAUAGUGAAGCAUAUCAGGAUGAAAUGGGCAAAGAGAAUUGCAGAGGUCAAAAAGAAAAAGAGCCGUGAAGUCAGAGCAUGCCAAGAACCCACGAUGUCUCUGAAGCCUGAGGAAUCAGAAAAAUCCAUAAUCACCCCCAUCUUCUGACAGCCGGAUAUUGGAAAAGCAAGAUAAACUGGAGCUGACAAAGCCUGUGAAAAGACAUCUUACCUCAACUCCCCAUUAUCUCCAAAAUGACAGAAGUCUACAAAGUUCUUAGAGCCCCAGAAACCCUGGAGUCUAUAGCCAACCUGGAGCCAUGAAACCCCUUCAGCUCACAAAGCCCUCACAGCCUCCACCCCUCCCUCACACUGGUUCUCCGUCGAAUAUGGGCUACUGUUGGACCUGGUCUUUGGACCUUUGAAAGCAAACUCUAUGAUUUGUUAUUUGGGUUAGCUAUAAUAAACCUGUACCCCACCCUCACCCCGGGGAUGGUGUCAAAGGAAGGAAAAAUAAAUAUGAGACUAUGAAAUAGGCCCAUGAG